CACUAUGCAAAAGUGUAUGUAACGGUGGAUCAAUGAGUUUGAUUGUUAUUACAGUUGAAGAGUUGUUGGCAGACAUUUACUAGUUUCCUUUACUUUGUCAAUACAUUUAUUAGUUUAUUUUACUUUGUCAAAAAUAUUUACUAGUUUCUCUGAGAUGAAAUUCAAUGCAAUGAACAAUAAAUUUGAUAGUAUUAUUACUUCUGAAAUUAUGUUUUGGCCAACAACUAUCUGCUCUAUUUUUCCUUACAUUAGAAAUUUAGAAUCAAAUAAUGGUAACCUAAUGUAAAUAGUCGUCAACAAAGUCGGCAACAAAAGAAGAAAGAUCUAUGAAGGAGACUUCAAGGUUCUGCAUCUACUUAUUUAGGUGUUCUCCUUAAAGUAAAUUGGAGUAAUUUAUAUCUUCAACGUUAAGUCUCCAUUUUAAUUUUUCAUUAAUCAUUCUGCAAAUUUUUUUUUUUUUUUUUGCAUAAAGAAAGCUAAAACUUUAUUAACAAAGAAAGUCGGUGAAAAUCAAAAGUAUUAUUCUCUUAUAAUUGAUGAAUAAUUUGGAACAAAGCAAACUUUAUGCCGAUUAAAGUAUAACAUUGGGUGUAAGCAAAGUCUAAUACGAAAGAUUUAUUUUCUCAUAAAAUCAAUAAUGCUUCAGAAAUUCGUAUAACAUGAAAUAUGCAUAGUAAAAUUGCAGAAUCAAACAAAUAAAUUAAUAAUUGGUUGAUUUAAACGUUGAAACCGUAAACGACAUAUAUUUAAUUAUUAUAUACACUGAUAUAACAUAAACUACGAAAGCAUAAUUUAUGAUUAAAAAAUCACAAAAUUAUUUUGUCAUUGGCUAGUCAUCAAAGAGUUCUAUGUAACUUUAUGAACUUCAGCUUUCUACCAACAUGCAUGCUUGAUCUUUUUCUAGUCUUUGCAUUUUUCGUGUGAAUAAAGCAAAAAUACCCACUAAAAAUCAUUUUUCGUGUUAAAUAUAUCGGAAUUCGAGUCGGUUCAUUGGAACAGCAAAAGCAAACAUUUCCAACACAAAUAAUGACCUUUAAAACACUAUCAACCUGCAUCUUCUUUAUAAUAACCACUCCUCAUAGUUAACUCUCUUUCAUCGUUUCUCUCGUUCUCUCAAGAAGAAGGCAAAAAAUCAAGAAGAACAAGAUGAGACUCUAUUACUUUGUUUGCUCGUUACUGCUUCUCAUCACUUUUUCAACUAAAUUUAACGAGAUAUCAUCCUUAAGAAGAGACAUGACAAAGCUUCUUGAAAUCCAAGAGAAGAUCCAAGAAAGACUCGCAGUCACUCCCUCUCUCCCACCAUUGUCUUCUCCUUCUUCUCCAUUUCCCAAAAUGGUGGGCAGAGUGAUAUACCCAAUUAGCUACGGAGCUGACCCGACAGGUGGACAAGACAGUAGUGACGCAAUACUUGAAGCUUUAACCGAUGCUUUUCAGUUACAAACUGAGCUGAACAUGCUACCACGUGUUGCUGAUCUUGGAGGUGUUGUUAUUGAUCUCCAAGGUGGCAGUUACAAGAUCGGUAAACCUCUCAGGUUCCCUUCCUCCGGUGGCGGAAACCUCCUGGUAAAAGGAGGGACAUUCCGGGCAUCAGAAGUGUUUCCUGGUGAUCGGCAUUUGGUCGAACUCGUGACAUCAAUGAAAAUGUCGCUAGAAGAUACGUUCUCCGACCAGAAAGACCAAAACUCCGGGAUCUUCUUUGAGGAUGUCACCUUCAAAGACGUUCUAUUCGACUCAAGCUUCAGAGGUGGGGGCAUUUUGGUAAUCAACUCAGCUCGUAUCCGCAUAACAGAUUGCUACUUCCUCCAUUUCACAACACAAGGGAUCAAAGUCCAGGGAGGCCACGAGACAUACAUCUCAAACACUUUCCUAGGACAACAUUCAACGGUAGGCGGGGACAAACAAGAAAGACAGUUCUCCGGGACAGGGAUCGAUAUCUCUAGUACCGAUAACGCAAUAACGGAUGUUGUCAUUUUCUCUGCCGGGAUCGGUAUCUUGUUGAAUGGGCAGGCCAAUAUGGUCACAGGCGUGCAUUGCUACAAUAAGGCUACAUGGUUUGGUGGAAUCGGCAUUCUAGUGAAGGCUCAUUUGACGAGGAUAGACAAUUGUUACCUUGAUUACACAGGUAUAGUCAUUGAAGACCCCGUUCACGUUCAUGUCACGAACGCUUUGUUCUUGGGAGAUGCGAACAUCGUGUUGAGAUCGGUGCAUGGGAGGAUUAACGGUGUGAAUAUUGUUAAUAACAUGUUUAGUGGUGAUCCUAAACACAAUUUCCCGAUGGUUAAGCUAGAAGGAGAGUUUCAUGAGGUUGGCCAGGUUGUGAUUGAUCAGAACAAUGUGGAAGGGAUGGUGUUGAAAUCAACGACCGGGAGGUCUAAAGUUUCUGGUAAUGGGACGAGAUGGGUCGCUGAUUUUUCAAAUGUUUUAUUAUUCCCUAACCGGAUAGAACAUUACCAGCAUUCGUUUUUGGCUCAAUCCGGACAGAUUCCUGCGAGUGCGGUGACUAAUGUUUCAAACAAUGUGGUAGUUGUAGAAACUGAUAGAGCUGUAACUGGAACCGUGUCAGUGAUUGUUUAUCAGUAGUAAAACAACAUGUGUUCAUAUUUGAUCAUUGUCCUAAUGAGAAUUUAACUCAUUAUUUUUUUUUUAACACAUUAUUUUCUAAAACAUCUAUCUUGAGGGAGUAUAUGUAUAAUGUGAGCCGGUUUGAGAAAUGCAUCAUCUUGAGACGUGAAUUGUAUAAAGGCAUAACUUUUUGAUCU